GCCCCGAGCCCGAGCCUGCGCCGAUCAGUGCCGGCUAGUGGCGGCGUGCGGAGAGUGCGAGCCUGCGCCAUGAGCGAGGCGGACGGGCUGCGGCAGCGCCGGCCUCUGCGGCCGCAGGUCGUCACGGACGAUGGCCAAGCCCCGGAGGCCAAGGACGGCAGCUCCUUUAGUGGCACAGUUUUCCGAGUGACCUUCUUGAUGCUGGCUGUUUCCCUCACCGUUCCCCUGCUUGGAGCCAUGAUGCUGCUGGAUUCUCCUAUAGAUCCACAGCCUCUCAGCUUCAAAGACCCCCCCCUGUUGCACGGUGUUCUGCAACCAAAUACGAAGUUGCGACAGGCAGAGAGACUGUUUGAAAAUCAACUUAUUGGGCCGGAGUCCAUAGCACAUAUUGGGGAUGUGAUGUUUACCGGGACAGCGGACGGCCGGGUCGUAAAACUUGAAAAUGGUGAAGUAGAGACCAUCGCCCGGUUUGGUUCAGGCCCAUGCAAAACCCGAGAUGACGAGCCUGCUUGUGGGAGACCCCUGGGCAUCCGGGCAGGGCCCAAUGGGACUCUGUUUGUGGCUGAUGCAUACAAGGGCCUGUUUGAAGUAAAUCCCUGGAAACGUGAAGUGAAGCUGCUGCUUUCCUCCGAGACACCCAUUGAGGGGAAUAAAAUGUCCUUUGUGAAUGAUCUUACAAUCACGCGGGAUGGGCGGAAGAUUUAUUUCACAGAUUCUAGCAGCAAAUGGCAAAGGCGAGAUUAUCUGCUCCUGGUUAUGGAGGGCACAGACGACGGGCGCCUACUGGAGUAUGAUACCGUGACCAAAGAAGUGAAAGUUUUACUGGACCAGUUGCGGUUUCCUAAUGGAGUCCAGCUGUCUCCUGAGGAAGACUUUGUCCUAGUGGCAGAAACGACCAUGGCAAGGAUACGAAGAGUCUACGUGUCUGGCCUGAUGAAGGGAGGGGCCGACCUGUUCGUGGAGAACUUGCCGGGAUUUCCAGACAACAUCCGACCCAGCAGCUCCGGGGGAUACUGGGUUGGCAUGUCGACCAUUCGCCCUAACCCUGGGUUUUCCAUGUUGGAUUUCUUAUCUGAGAGACCAUAUAUUAAAAGAAUGAUUUUUAAGCUCUUUAGUCAGGAGACGGUGAUGAAGUUCGUGCCGCGGUAUAGCCUCGUCCUAGAACUCAGCGACAGUGGCGCCUUCCGGAGAAGCCUGCACGAUCCCGAUGGGCUGGUGGCCACCUACAUCAGCGAGGUGCACGAGCACGAUGGGCACCUGUACCUGGGCUCCUUCAGGUCCCCCUUCCUCUGCAGACUCAGCCUCCAGACAGUUUAGCCAGCCUGGAUGGCUGCUAAACUGCCGCGCGUGCUAGGAGGCCUUAUGCUCGGGCACCAGACCUGGUCCAGAAGGAGCCGUGGACACACUGUGGCGCAUGUGUCCCCAUGCACCUGUCGGCCCUUGGAGGUGUGGUGAGAGCUGCUGCAACCCCUGAGGAUGUGCAGGCCCUGGAGGAGCAACCGUCACCUGGGCCCGACUUUGUGUUUAGAGGGAAACAUGACAUUUCUACAUUUCUGCUGCCAGGAAGAUAAAUUCAUGUAAAGCCAUUUUCUCUCAAAAAAAGAAAAAAAAAAAAAAAAAAAAAGCUUUCUAAGUACAACCAUUCUCUAGGACGUGGGAAACCUCGUGCGUUUUUACUAGGGCUCUGUGCCCGGUGGACGGGGCAGCAGGUGAGCUGCCCGGGGAUCUGGUUGCUGCUGUGUCUGUCCUGCCAGCUCUAGUGUCUUCACUGUAAAGUGGGGUGAUGCCUUUCUUUGUGGGGGGCACGGGAUUGUGGAGGCCAAGACUUAAAGCCAUGUCCUCAGGGGUUGUGUGGGACUCGGGCCCUUGGUCCCUAGGCAUUCCCUCCACAGUGCGCAGGGAGAGUGUGUUGGCUCCAGCGGCUCAGAGAGGACGUCACUGGGUUUCUUUCUGUGAAUCCUGCCGUGCUGGAAUCGGGUGAUCAGUGAUUUAGUCCCUUUCACAGGGUGCAUUUAGCAGUGUCCUGUUUAUGACCUUUGUUCUUCCCCGCUAGACCCACACCUGUGAACAGUGCACGUGUUAAUGUCCUACUUGCUCGAGUGCUGUAAGUUACUGUAUAUUUUCACAAGUACGUCUACACACUGGUCAUAAUUUUGAUAGUAAAUAAUGAUAAAUUGAUUUCUGCUGAUUAACCUUU